AUGCCAGGCAAACAGGUAUCAAUUGAAGGGUCAGAUAAAGUGUGUCCACGAGCAGGACGAUGUCAAGUGCAUAAAGCCUUUCCUAAAUCUUUGUUCACAAAGCCUAGCUAUGAUGUUGAUGAUGAUAAUAAUGCCGAUGAUAAUGACGAUGGUGAUGAUGAUGAUGAUGAUAAUGAUGCAUAA